AGCGUGCUUUCGGCUCAUUGGACAGAUCGAAUCCUUGCUGUUUCAACGCUGCUCUGGGCAGUCGAGCUCAGAAAGCAGAAUUCUGGGUGUAUGGAGCUCGUUAACAAGAUCGAUCAGCCCGUGGCCAUCAAGGUGAAGACGACGAACCCUAAGAAGUACUCGGUGCGGCCUGCCUCCGGCAUCGUGCUGCCCAGGGGAUCCAGCGUAUCACAGGUGCCGCCGAAGGAGAUCCCUCCAGAUUACCACUGCAAGGACAAGUUUCUCGUUCAGAGCAUUGCAGUGGAGGAUGGGACAACUCAGAAGGACAUUGUCCCUGACAUGUUCAGUAAAGCGCCGGGCAAGGUAGUGGAGGAGUUCAAACUGAGGGUGGUCUACGUCCCUGCCAAUCCUCCCUCACCUGUUCCUGAGGAAGCAGAGGAGGAUAAUGAAUCCCUUGAUUCAGAUGUGGACCAUGAAGUGGAAAAACCAUCCACGUCCAGUGCUGCAAGUACAAACGUUACUGUUUGACGCUGUAAGCAAAUGAUGGCAUGUUCGUUCCUAAUGAUUGCCUUCCAUUGCUUUUCAGGCAUCAAGGCAUGUAUCUACUACACAUGGAGCACAAGCUUUGCAUGAUAUAUUAUCCACAGUCUAUUAUCUAUUA